CAAAAAAGUAAACAAAUAAAAGUUUUUGAGCAUUCUAUGGAAACUGGGUUCGUGGAGCUGACGAAGCUGCUCCCCCGCUGGGCGGAUCUGGAAAAUGUGAUCCAGGAUGAGGUCGAGGCGCGCUAUAUACUCAAAAGAGCCGCGGAUCACUUGGCAAACAUACAGUCUAGCAGAGAUUCCGGCGAGGAGGAAACCGGAUAUCUAGUUGGUGCACUGGUGGACAGGAGCUGGGAACGCAUUCACACAGGGCACUUCAGCCAGGUGCCCUUGGGCACGAGGAAGAUAUAUGCCAUAGCCUGCUGCUUCAAGAUUUUUUUCCUUCUGCUGGAGAGCACUACUCCUGCCCAGAAGGAUGCAUGCAGCGAGAUCCUGGAUGAGGCGCAACUCUUGGGCUGCUUGGAGGACUGGAGUGAACUGAAAGUGGCCUUAAUGGACUAUCUGGACAAGGGUGGAGCCGCAGCACCGAGUUCCAAAAAACUUCCAACUCUAGAACCAUUGAAACGAGUACCCUCUGCCUGUGAUAUACCCCAACUGGAUGCUCCCAGUCUGGAAGAGUUCCAGACAAAGUGCUUCAAGGCAGGACAGCCCACACUCCUCCUAAACACCAUCCAGCAUUGGCCUGCACUGCACAAGUGGCUGGAUCUCAACUACCUUCUCCAAGUGGCCGGCAAUCGCACGGUGCCCAUUGAAAUAGGUUCCAACUAUGCCAGCGAUGAGUGGUCCCAGCAGCUGGUGAAGAUCCGCGAUUUUCUGAGCAGGCAGUUCGGAAAGGAUAAUAGCCAGGCUGCCCAUAGUAUUGAGUAUCUCGCUCAGCACGAGCUCUUCUCCCAGAUAUCCGCCCUCAAGGAGGAUAUAUCCAUACCGGAUUACUGUACCAUUAGCGACGGCGAUGCCCCAGGAGCUGUGGACAUCAAAGCCUGGCUGGGACCAGCUGGAACCGUUUCGCCCAUGCACUACGAUCCCAAGCACAACUUACUGUGCCAGGUAUUCGGUUCCAAGCGCAUCAUUCUAGCUGCGCCCGAAGACACAGCCAAUCUGUAUCCCCACGAAAGUGAGUUCCUAGCCAAUACAGCGCGCAUAGAUGCAGCUCAACUGGAUCCGGACACGUAUCCCUUGGUGGCCAAGGUGAAGUUCUACCAGCUGCUCCUGCAACCCGGUGAUUGCUUGUACAUGCCCCCCAAAUGGUGGCACUACGUGAGAUCUGAAGCUCCUAGCUUUUCAGUAAGCUUCUGGUGGGAGUAAGCAUUCUAGUGGAGUAAGAUUCAUGUUUAAGUUAAGGUCUAGAGUUUACCAAAGUUGUCUACGUGGAUUACCCCACAUCAAACAAAGACUACAUUUGAUCACUAAAUAAUUAAACUUGUUAUCAUCAUGUUAAUACGAA